AGACACGGGAGGUGGGAAGACCUGAGUGUCCACCAGUCACCCAGCCUGGAGCACCGGGGACCACGAGCCCACAGCGCACCUGCUCCUGCCCGACAGAGCUCCUGCCCCGCAGUUCUCGUUCCCCAAAGGGUCCCAGCCACCACCAGCCUAGGUGGGCGUCAGGAUGAAGACAGCCCGCUUCGUGAUGCGCAGCGCCAGUUCGCUAAGCAGCGCUGGCCUGGUCCCUAGGGAGGUCGAGCUAUUCUCGCGCUACAGCCCGUCCCCGCUGUCCAUGAAGCAGCUGCUGGACUUUGGUUCAGAAAAUGCCUGUGAGAGAACUUCUUUUUCUUUUCUGCGGCAAGAACUGCCCGUGAGACUAGCCAAUAUUCUGAAGGAGAUCGACAUCCUCCCGCAGCGACUGGUGAAUACCCCUUCUGUGCAGCUAGUCAAGAGCUGGUACAUCCAGAGCCUGCUGGACUUGGUGGAGUUUCAUGAGAAGAGCCCAGAAGACCAGAAAGUUCUGUCAGAUUUUGUAGACACACUCAUCAAAGUUCGGAACAGACAUCACAAUGUGGUCCCUACGAUGGCUCAAGGGAUCCUUGAGUAUAAAGACACCUGUACACUUGACCCAGUUACCAAUCAAAACCUUCAGUAUUUUUUGGACCGGUUUUAUAUGAACCGAAUUUCUACUCGGAUGCUGAUGAACCAGCACAUCCUGAUAUUCAGUGACUCAAAGACAGGAAACCCAAGUCACAUUGGAAGCAUUGAUCCAAGCUGUGAUGUGGUGGCAGUGGUCCAAGAUGCCUUUGAGUGUGCAAAGAUGCUCUGCGAUCAGUAUUAUCUGACAUCGCCAGAAUUAAAACUCACACAAGUGAAUGGAAAGUUCCCGGGCCAACCAAUUCACAUCGUGUAUGUUCCUUCCCACCUCCACCACAUGCUCUUUGAACUCUUCAAGAAUGCCAUGAGGGCCACAGUUGAGCAUCAAGAAAAUCGCCCUUCCCUGACACCAGUCGAGGCAACUGUCGUCUUGGGAAAAGAAGACCUUACAAUCAAGAUUUCUGACCGAGGAGGUGGCGUUCCUCUGAGGAUCACUGACCGACUCUUUAGUUACAUGUACUCCACUGCUCCAACACCUGUGAUGGACAAUUCACGGAAUGCCCCUUUGGCUGGUUUCGGUUAUGGCUUGCCAAUUUCUCGUCUCUAUGCCAAGUAUUUUCAAGGAGAUCUGAAUCUCUACUCUAUGUCAGGCUAUGGGACAGACGCCAUCAUCUACUUAAAGGCUUUAUCUUCUGAGUCUGUAGAAAAGCUGCCUGUCUUUAACAAGUCGGCCUUCAAACAUUACCAGAUGAGCUCCGAAGCCGACGACUGGUGCAUCCCAAGCAAGGAACCGAAAAACCUGGCGAAGGAAAAGGUGGCAGUGUGAAGAGGGACAUGUGGACACGUUAUGGGAUCAAAGUGGGUCUAAGGCAGUGCUGCUUCAUGAGUGUGUGUGGACUUUUGUUUCCGCAAAAAACAAAAACAAAAAACCAGCCAAGCCAAAAACAAACACCAGGACAGACAUUGACCUAACGGGGACUAGAGCUCAGUAGUGUGAUCUAGGAGAAGUCAGGGCCUGACUCCAGCAGGCAGCAAGUGACCUGCUCCUCAUUUGGCAAUGCAGAAUGGUUUGUGAUUAUUGCAACUAUUGAGUUUUAUCUCUUUCUCAACAAGUACAGGAUUUGAGGUUUGCAAUUUCAGCUGGUGGAUGUUCUAGAAUUCUCAUUGCCUUCCAAACAUAUUGGUGUUCAGUGAAGAUCACUUAUUGAGACACUGGUGUUCUCCUGUCCCACAGAGAUUAGAGUGUCACUAGGAAUGUGCAUUUGUAGGUGCUGAUGUGUUCUACAAAGGACAGGAUGGAAGAAGCCAAAGCACUUUAUCUAACUUGCAGCCUGGGCAGCGCAGCCUAUGUGCAAACUCAGAUGAAAGCCUCUUUGGCAAGACAGCUCUCCUAUCAUGUAGCCCUUCUUGUUUGGGCUGCAGUCCAUUAGCCAGUGUUCUCGGCUGGUGCCUCGUCUUGAGUGAAUUGUUAAACACGCACUGCCCUCAAGAAGCUGGGUUAGAAAGGGAGAUAAAUUGCCAAAGUGCAAAAAUUGCAUGUGGGAAAACCCAUGUUAGGAAAGAAAUCACACCCUAAGAACUUACCUGGGAUGUUCUCUAACUGGAAGUUGUGAAGAAUCUGAAUGUGUCCGGGCUUAAAAACAUGUGCAUUAUAUAUUUUAAAUAUAUUCUCUACACUCCAACAUUAACGUAUCUGUCCACAAUUUCCUAAUUUGCUUGAGAGUGUUAAAGUUAAAAGCCUUCUUGGAGGUUUUUUUGUUUUGUUUUGUUUGUUUGUUUGGGUUCUUUAAAGGAGUAGGCUGGAAGUAAAAAGUUCCAGGCCAGGACAAUGUCAUUUGUGAAUCAUGGAGACUUUGAGAGCUAACAACUAAAAGCUGUCAUGUUCAUGGUGCUCGGGAGCAUGAAGGUAAAAUUGGCAGGCGGGGAUGAUCUGCCUUAUCAUGCAGGUCACCCUUAGGAAAAAAAGAAAGAAAAAAUGAAGAAGGGGAGGAGUGGAGAAAGGGAAGGAAGGAAACGGGGGCAGACAUCUUCCUAUUGUCCCCACCAGCUCCUCCAACAAAUCCUGUGCUUUAUCCUGGGUAGAGAGGAGAAUAAAUUGGUGUCUUUGAAAGCAGUUUAGAUUCUUAAAUGGGUCUCAUCUUACAGGUAGAGGGACUUUGUGAGAUAAUAAAUACAUUUGUGUUAAAUUAACGUUGAAAUUUUUUCUGCAUUGUAAACUACCAGUCCUGUGAACGGUAGUCUGAAACCUACAAUGAAUUCCGUGCUGAUCUAGUGCUGAUGUGCUGUUCUCUGUGGCAGCAGAAGUCGCAACUAUUUGUUUUGGAUUUCACAUUUUAUCUUUAAAAGUCCUGGUCAGUGACUUGGAUGGCAGGACUUUGAAUCCUGCAUUGACUGACCGUACAAAACUGUUAGCAUUUAGCUUGUCUGUUGUGUUCUUGUUGCUGUUUUUCUAACUGAAAUGUCAGCUGUAUGUUUGUUUAUAUAAACACCUGUGUUUACCAAAGAUCUAAGGCAUUUGGUUCAAUAACCCAAACACUGUGAGCUAUAUUUAAAAUAGUAAAAAAUCUUUAGAAUCUCAACAGCGUCAACUGUAUAAGCUAAAUUGAAACAGUCUUCCCCGUUAUUUCUGAACCCAUGGGAGACUUUAGGCUGCAGUGGAUGGAUUUGAAUGCUCAGGCCCACUUAACUUAUUAAUGUGUGAAUUACAUUUUGUCUUUAGGUUAUGUGCAGAAAAAAUGUGAUAAUUUUAUAAUAAAUAUUUUUAUUAUAAUAGUAA